UCAUCUCGGUUCUCCAGCCUUGGCUAGCAUGGUCCAACCGCAGACCUCCAAAGCCGAAAGCCCGGUGGCAGCCGCGGCAGCCAGCGCGCAAGUAGACGACGUUAUUGACACCUUGACCUCCCUGCGCCUCACCAACUCCGCUCUGAGGCGCGAGGCCUCCACGCUGCGCGCAGAGAAGGCUAACCUCACUAACAUGCUGGAGAGCGUGAUGGCCGAGCUGACCCUGCUGCGCACCCGGGCGCGCAUCCCCGGGGCUCUGCAGAUCACACCGCCCAUCUCCGCCAUCGCCUCCAACGGAACCCGACCCAUGACCACGCCGCCCACCUCGCUGCCUGAGCCCUUCUCUGGAGACCCCGGCCAGCUGGCUGGGUUCCUCAUGCAGAUGGAUAGAUUCAUGAUCUUCCAGGCCUCCCGCUUCCCUGGUGAGGCCGAGCGAGUGGCCUUCCUCGUGUCCCGACUGACUGGGGAGGCCGAGAAGUGGGCCAUUCCGCACAUGCAGCCGGACAGCCCUUUGCGCAACAACUACCAGGGCUUCCUGGCUGAGCUCCGCAGAACCUACAAGUCCCCUUUGCGCCACGCGCGGCGUGCCCAAAUCCGGAAGACUUCUGCGUCCAAUAGGGCAGUGCGAGAGCGGCAGACGUUGUGCCGCCAACUGGCCGCAGCUGGCACAGGACCUUGCCCAGUGCAUCCCGCUUCCAGCGGGACCAGUCCUGCACCAGCCCUGCCCACUCGCUCCCGGAACCUUUAGGGAUCUGCCACCACCUGGGGAGCUAGAUUACUGCCGAGAAAGGUCCAUACAAUAGCAUCACCCUGUUUGCAGACGCCCCCUUCCUGCCUCUCCUGUUUGCCGACACCAGGAUGAGGUCCUGCUAUCCACCCUCAUCUACCUUACUGUGCGUCCUUGUUAUGAGCUAGCUCCAGCCUCGACUCAGUGCAUGCCCUCACUUUUUGUUGCUCGCAGUUACUUCAGUGAUCACACACAGCUCCUUGGACGUGUAUCUUUUAGCAACCAUUUGGACUGACCAUCUCUGCCAGCUCGGUUUACAGACAGCUUCUGCUCCUGCAUUCUCCAAAACCACAUGGACCAUCACCAUCAGCUGCUCCCUCCUGGUUGCCUGGUAUGGCUGAGGAGGUCUGGGUGGGAAGAAGCCAGGUCUGCCAGGCAGGUGACUGACUUGUUUUGGAAUCAGCCUGCUCACUGGCUGCUUGGCAAGGUGACCAGGCACUCACUACAUUCCAGGGUUCUUUUCUUCUGGGAAGGAACUUGUACUACAUUGCACCCCACUGCUGUUGCUAGAUGGCCUGGCCCUUUGCAGGCAUCACUUCCUGCCUCUCCUGGUUCAUGGGGGUCCAAAGGAAGCCUUUCCUGUUCCUGCCUGCCCAUGACUGCCAGUGUUCACAUGGCAUCAGGAGUUGGGGAGGUCUAGCAUUUGUCUGCCAAGUUUAAUUAUAGACAUGGGACCCUGGGCAGUUCCCUCAGGCUGCCAUAGGCACCAGGUUCCUGACACCCAUGCCUCAGAGCUGUGAAAGUUUGAGGGGGAUACUGGUGACCCCAUUUGCUGCCUGGAUUUCCAAGUGACAGGUUCAUAAGCUGUUGGUGUUGGCUUAUGGGGCCCAUGUUGCUCUGUGGUGGGCCUCCAACCGGAGACCCUUCCUUUCUCCAUCCAGGGGCCACAUGGCCUGCAGCUCAGCUUCUCAGCCACCCACACCAUCUCUAGGGCAUCCAAGGAACUGAUUAAACUUGCCCUCUCCAUGCCUAGGCUUAAGGUCUACCCUUGGUCUAAGAACAAAAGACUUCUCGCCAGGGCCCGCUCUUCUGGGCGGCAGCGAGCACCUGUGGCAGAGGGCGUUGGGCCUGUGGCUCCCCAGGUAGGAUCUAUGUGGUCCUCAUGUGGGAACAUGUCCUAAUUCUGAGGGAGAAAGAAAGCUUUACCUCAGGGUGGGCCUUGGCUUCCUCACAGAAGGAUGACGUGGAAAUUAUACGGAGACUUGGCCAAGCCUUUGGACUGUGAUGUUCCCACCAUAUUUCAAUGCCAAAUGUACGGUUUACAUGACCAUCUGGCCCCUUGGGUGAGAUGGGUGUCUCUCCUGGGCUCUCCUUCUAGUGUCUGUGUGGCCAUGACUUGAUCACAAAAAGACCAACUCUGUACCCACCAAAAGGUAUCCCCUCUGGGGAGCCCAGAGACUGAGGCCUAGAACCUGGCCUCUUCCAGAGAGUUCCUGUGUGGCUGGGAUUCCAAAGCAGCCACCCUUGCAAGGCCAGGGUCUUCAGAGGUUGCUGGCCUUGCAGUCCAUUGCCACCAACUUCUUCCCUCUUAGCCCAGCUUCCCUGCUGAACAGCAGCCUAGACCCAGGCUCCGCUGGACCAUGGUGCUUCAUAAGUGCGUGUGUGAGGACUGCCAGCAGGUUCCCUUGGGGGCGGGACUGUGAGGGCAGGUAUCCAGUGUGCUUGGAGCUUACCUGUGUCCAGUAGCUGAGGUCAGGCCUCUACCUGACAAUGGAGGGGUCCCUCAGUGGAGGUAUACCACACCUGGAAGACUGCUCUGUAGUCCACCCAGUCAUGGGAGGAGGCCCAGUGGCAGGGCAAGGCAUGUGUGGAUGCCAUGUUUGUCUCAGAGUUUUCAUCUGACUCCAGGGCUAGAGCCGUACAGGCUGGUCUCCCUGUGCACAGGGCCAUCCCACCGACUGCGCUGGUCUACACUCCCAACUCCUAAGCCAUUGCUUCAGGUGAUCUCACUGUUUUGCUUAUUGGGCCUGUGGUUACAGGCCUGGGGCAGUGCUGUUGAGCAGUCAGGACCUUCUCCAUAGCUGCCUGUGGCUUGGAGCCUGGAGGUGUAAGAGACUGGCAGUGUGCCCUCCACCCUAGAUGUGCAAGAACACUGCUGUGGGGCUGCUGCGGAGACGCUUCUCCUGGCUCUAGGGGGGCAUGCUAGUCCCAGAACUGAAAUAAAACCCAAAUUCGUGCAGCCGAGGGAGACUGUGGUGUCUGGACAUCAGACUGAAGACAAAGGGGAGGGGGAGGCUUUGUACAUAUUUUGGGGUUAUAAUCUCUCAAACUCAUAAGAGAACAGGCAGUGGAUUAUGAGGGACAGUGGAGGGUUCCUGUGUGUAUUGACUGUUGGAACAGGAUUGUGACUGUCUCCGUGGCCACCCCAUCUGGUAAGCAAGGCUCACUGCAUUCCAGAGUCUAACUGAAGAUAGGAUUUGGCAUAGGGGUGACUCUCCCCCCAGCCUAGUGGAUAAUGUGAAUUUGGGGUUAGCUUCGUGGCCCAAAGCAUGUAGUGACUUUGAGGAAAUGGCGAAGACUCACCUCCUUAGCCUCGGGUGGAUAUGUGACAGUGUGAAUACAUUCCUUUCAUCACCGAGGACAGGGCCACAGCUCAAUGAGCGGCCCCGAGUGUCGGCCUGCCAGGGAAGGCUGACAGGAAAGCUGGCGCAGGCUGAGGCUGACUUAGGGGCAAGCCCGGGGAUAGGCUGGGAUGCCCUUGAGGUAGGGCUUUGGGUGACAGGCCCGGCUGUACACCCCGACUGGUAAGACCAGUCUCCUCUGCCUGGGAGGUUCCGGUUAGGGCUUUGUAAGGACAUUAGGACACGAGGCUCUGGGGUUAGGUCAAUAGACCCCCUUCCCAGUGGCCUGGAGGUGGAGCGGGCCUCAGGCCACUGGGAAAGUCCUGUGAGCUGAGCGUUUAUUUUUGACACUGGAGACCUCAUGUUGGAUGGCCUAGCCCAAAGCCGGCAGAGCUAGGUCAGCACCACCAACAGCUUUCCACAGGCAGGCCCAGCAGACGGAGCCUUUCCACGCUCCGCAUCAGCACGUAGUAGGAAAGUUUGGGCGAUCAGGGAAAGGAAAGAAUGAGUUCAGAGUUGACAUCUUCCAGUCCCCUGGCCCCAUUGGUUUUUAUUUGUUUGUUUUUGUUUUCUUUUAACCUUUACCACACCACAGUACUGCUGGUGGGACCCUGUGUGUGCACAUGACACACAUGACUCCGACCUGACCUUGAAUGGCUGUGAGCUGUCCCUGCAGGUUGAAGUGUAGUCCACUUCAGCAUCAGAAAUUGUGACUGAGUGUCAGGUUUCCUCCCAAGGGCAAAUUGGGACAGACUCCUGAGGUGGGGUUCUUGGAUUAAAGAUCAUGGGCCCUCUGAGCCUUUUUAUCACUUACUGACAAAAUGGUCUAGAAAUCUCUGCGUCCAUUACACUGCCACCAGCAAGGGCGAGUGUGUCCUGAUUCAGGGUCUUCCCACCGGGCUGAGCCAUUUGCUGAUUUGAUAAUGGGAACAAUAGCAUGUUUUAAGUCUGAAUCUUUGAUUUCUAGCUUGUUGAACGUCUUCUCACACCGGUAGUCACACUUCCUCUCUUGCGAACCAUCCCUGUCCUUUUGCUCUGUCAACAGGUCUGUCCAGUUUAUAUGAGCCCUGUAUGUAAAUAAAGAUACUAACCUGACAUGUGCUGUA